GUUUCAGUCUUUCUCAGCUUCGAUACACCAAGCGGGCUCACGGUUUCUCAGAAUGUCUUGUGCGACUUGUAUAUAUUCAGCACCUAUUCAAACACCUUGACUGCAGUGGCUCUCAACCAUCGAUCGAUCGCUCCCACGCCCCAGAAUCCCCGCAGCGCGCUCUGUCCGGUGCCCACCAUUACCGUAACAUGACCAGCUCUCAUCGCCCUCAAUGAUCCUGUUCUUUCGUCAGGUCUGGAGCCUGACCUUGAAGAAUCUUCUUAUAUUCUUCAUCCGACAUUCCUUCUCUACAACUCUUCGGGCUUUCAUCUUGCCCUGCAUCUACGUCGGAUUUCUUUCCUACGCCCGCUAUCUAUUCAUUUCCCCAUCCGUCUUCGGAAUUGGAGAGCCCACACCUGUCCGAGCUCUAUCCUCUGCCCUAGACCUUGCUUCUGGCGGCAGAGACCGACUGGUCUUCGUUAACAAUGGCUUUUCCGGUGGACAGAUCGAGUCGGUCAUAAAUCAAGUUGUCGAUCAGACUUCCGGCUUUGGUGGUCAUGUUGAAGUGUUUUCCGAAGAGGAGGAGCUAUUGACAAGAUGUCGCAAUUCCAUCAGAGGCACUUCCCGCUGCAUUGCCGCCGCUGUCUUCUUCUCCUCUCCAACAGAAGGCCCAGGUGACCUGUGGAACUACACAAUUCGAGCCGAUGGUGGCCUGGCCAACAAGAUAGUGACCGACUCGGACGACAAUGAUGCCGAGAUCUAUCUGUUCCCUCUUCAACAUGCCAUCGAUCGAGCGAUUGCCGAGGAAGAAAACGGCAGCGACGAUGCUACUUCGAUCCCCGAGCUAGUCGAUGAAUACCCCUAUACCUCCAUGACCAAGGAACAACGUCAAGCUCGAAUUCGUACCAGGUAUCAGGGCGGCAUCAUUGAUAUUCUGGCUGUCGCUUUCUUCAUUCAGAUGGUCGGCGUGACCUAUCAACUCACUGGAAUCAUCGCCACAGAACGAGAGAUAGGAAUGGCUCAACUGCUCGAUUGUAUGAUGCCGAAUGCAAAGCGAUGGCAACCACAGAUGGCGCGAAUCAUGGCAAACCACCUUGCAUUUGAUAUGCUCUACGGACCAGGUUGGAUCGUCAUUGGUAUCAUCCUUUCGCUAGGCGUCUUCACCAACACCUCUGCUGCUAUCAUCAUUAUUUAUCACAUCCUGUCUGGCCUCUCCUUGGCUUCCUUUUCCAUCUUUGGAGCCGCCUUCUUCAAGAAAGCUCAAUUAUCUGGUAUUACUUCGGUCAUCGUGAGUCUGCUCCUGGGAAUCAUUGCCCAAGUCGCUGCCAAGGCUGGCACUGCGUCGGUCGCCAUAUUGUCAUUGCUAUUUCCACCGAUGAACUAUGUCUACUUUAUCAUCUUCAUUGCUAGGUGGGAGCGGCAAGACCGGCCUGCCAAUCUUGUCCAAUCCGCCCCCGAGAAUCCUUCCACUCUUCCUGGAAUUGCGCUGUGGAUAUUUACCAUCAUCCAAAUCCUUGUUUUCCCCGUGUUAGGGGCUUUUAUCGAACGACGUCUCUACGGCACGGCCUCCAAGAGCAGGAAAACAAAUUAUUCUGACUCGCAGACCGCAAUCUCGCUCGAUGGCUUCACCAAGGAAUACCCGCCAACACAUGCUGCCAGAUUUCUCUCCUUUUUCACACGCCGCUCAGCCAAAAGCGUUCUUGCCGUCGACCAUCUCACACUCCAGGCUGCGAGAGGCCAGAUCAUGGUCCUCCUUGGAGCCAAUGGAAGUGGAAAGUCUACCACUUUGGAUGCAAUUGCAGGUUUGCAUUCCAUCACGUCCGGUGAAAUCAGCAUUAACUACCCGGAGAGCAAGACUGGCCUUGGCCUUUGCCCACAGAAGAAUGUGCUUUGGGACGAUCUUACUGUCGAAGAACAUGUGCGCAUCUUCAACCGAAUCAAAAGUCAAGUACCGGCCACUAAGCAGGAAAACACUACAUUGUUGGAGCUGUGUGACAUCUCGAAAAAGUCAACCGCAAGGUCCAAGACUCUCUCCGGAGGUCAAAAACGCAAACUUCAACUCGCUAUGAUGUUCACUGGUGGCUCUCGCGUAUGCUGUGUGGAUGAAGUAUCUUCCGGCCUUGAUCCUUUGAGUCGCCGCAAGAUCUGGGACAUUCUCCUGGCUGAACGGGGUGCAAGAUCCAUCAUCCUGACUACGCACUUCCUCGACGAGGCUGAACUCCUGGCUGACCACAUAGCCAUACUAUCCAAGGGUGUAUUGAAAGCAUCUGGCACGUCAGUUGAAUUGAAACACAAACUAGGCUCGGGAUACCGCGUCCAUGUCUACAACACUCAUGGAAAGCUAAACAUCCCCAAGUAUGACGACGUCAAUCACGUCUCACAUGAUGACCAGACCAUUUACAACCUCGCCGAUUCCGCGACCACUGCCAACUUCCUCCGCCGCAUCGACGAACAUGGUGUUUCCGAGUAUCAAGUCAGUGGUCCAACCAUUGAAGAUGUCUUUCUCAAGGUGGCGGAAGAAGUGUCGACCGCCAAUACCGUGCCUGAGAAACCGAUACCGGGACAAGAAGCGUCGACCAGUUCGACGCCGGAGAAGAUGAUGCAGAUCCAAGAGACUGGCAGUCGCAGCAGCGCCGAGGCACCGGACGCGCCUGGAGGUGAAAUGGCAUCCGAUGCAUUCUAUGGAUCUGUGAAACCUGCCGAAGUUCCACAAUUGCUUGAUGGGCAUCGUAUCGGCAUGACCAAACAAGCCUGGGUCCUAUUCAGCAAAAGAAUGGUUGUCCUCCGACGAAACUACUUCCCCUUUCUUGCCGCUCUUCUGAUCCCUAUUGUCGCUGCCGGUCUGGUGACUCUAUUCCUGAAUGACUUUCAACUGGCUGGGUGUACCCCAGAGGAGACGGUUGGCAUUUCCGAUGUAGAAUCCCUGACGAGUCAAGAGGACUUUCUGUUAGUCGCAGGUCCAUCUGACCGCCUCAGCAUCGAAGCCGUCAGUAGACUCGGCGACACACUAUCGGGCACCAUCGGCAGCAGCCUGUCUGGAUCUCAGCUGCUCGACUCAGUGCAUGUGGUCGACAGCUUGCAAGAGUUCAACGACUACAUUCAGAACAACUUUGCCAAUGUUACGCCGGGAGGAUUCUUCUUAGGAGAUGGAGACUCUCCGCCAACGUUUGCCUGGCGCGGAAAUGGAAACGUGGCAUUUGGGACCAUCGUACAAAACCUCAUGGAUACGCUGUUGAGCAAUAUCUCGAUUGCGAGCCAGUACCAGGCGUUCGACAUGCCAUGGCCCCAGGAUAUUGGCAAGGCGUUACAACUGAUCACCUAUUUUGGGCUCGCCAUGUCGGUGUAUCCAUCUUUCUUCGCUCUUUACCCUACCAUCGAACGACUGCGUAACGUGCGAGGUCUACAUUACAGCAACGGGGUUCGGUCGGCGCCUCUGUGGCUUGCAUAUACCUCGUUCGACUUUAUCAUUGUGUUACUCGCAAGCGCAAUAGCCACUGUCAUCUUUCGAGCGGUGACUGACGUCUGGUAUCACAUUGAGUAUUUAUUUGUCGUCUUCUUUCUCUAUGGGUUGGCAUCUACACUCUUGUCGUACGUCAUUUCGUUGUUCGCGAGAUCCCAAUUGGCGGCAUUUGCUUUCGCUGCUGGAGGCCAGGCGGUCAUGUUUCUUCUGUAUUUUAUUGCCUACAUGUCGGUGUUGACAUACUCGCCGAUCGAUCAGAUUGACGCAAAUGUCAACAUCUGUCACUUUGCCAUUGCCACCAUCUCCCCCGUUGCCAACCUCACUCGAGCACUUUUUGUUUCGCUCAAUGUCUUUUCGAUCACGUGCAGAGAUCGGGAUUUUGCUUCGUACGCAGGCUCAAUGACCACGUAUGGAGGGCCAAUUUUGUAUCUCAUCUUGCAAUCAUUUUUCCUGUUUGGACUAUUACUUUGGUGGGAUUCUGGCCCUCUUCUGAACAAGCUCCGCAGAAAGCAAAAGGAGGAGGAGAUUGAGGACCAGGACACGGUGGAAGCCGAGGUGUCGAAUGAGCUGACACGAGUAGUGUCAUCUCAUGAUGGACUUCGGGUGGUCAAUCUCACCAGGAGGUUCAAGAAGAACAUUGCAGUCAACAACGUCACGUUCGGUGUCCCGAAGAGUGAAGUCUUUGCCUUACUUGGGCCGAACGGCGCGGGCAAGUCCACCACCAUCUCGCUCAUUCGAGGGGACAUACAGCCUUCGCAUCGUGGGGGAGACAUCCUGGUUGAUGGUAUUUCGGUGAUCCGCCACCGAGCUCAGGCGCGGUCUCGGCUAGGAGUAUGUCCUCAGUUUGAUGCGAUGGACACCAUGACCGUUGUUGAACAUCUUUACUUCUAUGCUCGCGUGCGUGGGGUCACAAAGCCUGCGGUCAAUGUGGAGGCGGUGAUGCGCGCCGUGGGGCUGGAGCAAUAUGGAGACCGCAUGGCAGCGAAGCUUUCUGGAGGAAACAAGCGGAAGCUUUCACUGGGCAUUGCAUUAAUGGGCAACCCGAGUGUACUCCUCCUGGAUGAACCGUCUUCUGGAAUGGAUGCUGCAAGCAAGAGAGUAAUGUGGCGGACGCUAGCAUCGGUGGUGCCUGGCAGGUCACUCGUACUGACGACUCACUCGAUGGAGGAGGCGGACGCGCUUGCAACCCGAGCGGGGAUCAUGGCUGGGAAAAUGCUGGCGCUGGGGACGACGGAUUACCUUCGAAACAAACACGGCGACUCGUACUAUGUGCAUUUGGUUCACCGGCAUGCACCGCAUGCUUCAGAACAAGAGAUGCAGCGGAUUCGGGAUUGGAUCGAGUAUAAUCUUCCUGAGGCAGAGAUCGAAAGCAAGAUUUAUGCAGGGCAGAUUCGAUUCUCGGUACCAAGUUCAACGGCACGCAAGGACAAAGAAGCGGGAACUGAGAGCAAUUCGGGGAUUGCACAGCUAUUUACCUCGCUUGAAAAGAACAAGGAGGACCUGCAGAUUGAAUAUUACAGCGUGAGUCGGGCUACAUUGGACCAGGUUUUCCUCAACAUCGUGGGUAAGCACAAUGUGGAGGAAGAAGGAGCGGCGUCGGAAGCAGUUCGAUCCUCGAAGCAGAAGAGAGGUGGUGGGUUCGCCAAAAUCGGCAAAUGGUUGAAACUCGGGAAAUCCGUCAGCUGAAAUCAAAUAAGUUGAUGAUUACUUGGGCGUGGGGUGGUUUCAUUGCUUGUUGGAAUGAAUGAAUGUUUGGAUAUACUGAAUGUACUGUAUGUACUGAAUACGUACCUAUAUAUACAAG